CGGGCAAAGUUCAAGUAAAAAAGGAUAGUAGGAUUGAGAGACUACAAAGAGAAAACAAAGAGUAUUCGAGCUUCAAUCUGAAAGUAAUUGCAUAGUUCCAUCAAUGGAGUCUUCCAAUGCGAUGAGUUCUCUUUCUUCACUGCCAAAACCCAUAUUUCUCACCACAAAUUGCAGGCAAAGAACUACAAGGAACUUCAAACCCUUGAUGCAUCUUUCUUACCAGAAAUUUAUUAACUUUGCUGUGGAUGAGACCAAACGCAGAACCCAGUUGGCUCCUUCUCCCUUGCAGCAUAAAUACAAUUCGUUGAUUGCCAUGGAUGAGAAAACCGAGAUUCAAAUGUUGUCAUUUCAAGCUCCCAAGAUCAGGCUGUUACGCAGCUUAAGUGUCCAAAACAAUGAAAUGACGCAGGUUUUGGAUUUUGGUGUGUUUCCAACACUUGAGUUUGAUCUACCAAUAUUUUGUGCCAAUUUCUUCUCCUCCCCUAACAUUAGCAUCAUUGUGUUAGACCUCAACCCUUUGCAAGAUGUGAUCAAUCAGACGGAUUACAAGGACAAGUACUAUAAAAACAUAAUGCAUCUUGGCGUUAAACAUUCCGAGCUUUUGCCUUGGGGAGGAAAGCUUACCAGUGAAUCGUUGAUGUUAUUCUCUCCGAUUGUGAUAUGGUCCAAGUUUUCACCAACCGAUCAGAAAUACGAUGCCUUGUAUUCCGCAUUUGUGGAUUAUUAUAUGACUUGGCUCGACCUGAUGGAUGAGGUAGCAGAUAACAAUGAUCCUUCUCAAAUUAUUAUCAACCGCGAGGCACAACAUCGGUAUCUCACCUGGAGAUCCGAGAAGGAUCCAGGGCAUGCGCUUAUGAGGAAGCUAGUUGGUGAAGAUCGGGCAAAGGACUUGAUAAGGAAUUUCCUUUUCAAUGGACUUGAUGAACUUGGAAACAGGACGUUUCUGGACUACUUCCCAGAUUAUCGGUGUGACGAUGGCUCUGUAAACAACAAGCGCAGCAUGAUCGGAAAAUCAUUUGAAAGUCGCCCUUGGAAUGAAAGUGGAGAAUUCAUUGGUAAUAACUUUGAAUAGGUUGUAUCAUCUUUUAUGCUUUAGCUAUUAGAACGGGCUUAUGUAUUUUAAUUUUGGAGUAUUCUGUUGAUAAAUAAAACCUUAUUUAGUGCUA